AGAUGAGAGGUGUCUGCAGGGAAGUUGGUGGUGCCAAGUUGACAGAGCAGUGAACAACUUGAAUUGAAACAAGGGAACCUUUUCAUGGGGGAGUGGAGUGUACCCCAUUUGUACGUGGAAAGGGUGUAGGUGCCAGAUGUAAGGGAGAUGUACCUAUAGAUGAAGAUUUGUGGGAAACAAUCCUCUGUCCAGAGAACGGCUCAAGACAUGUCUGCACUCCAAGCUGAAAAAAACCAAGACAUGCAAGGGAUGUGGAAAGACGUUGAUGAUGAGGAGACCUACUUGUUUGACUGUAGAAACUUCCCUGAAGAACCGUGUUGUGAACCCUGGAAGCGUGCAGAGGUGGAGGCCAGAGAAAGAUCAGCUCCUUCUGCCUCUACCGAAACUCCUGCACCAGACCUGCAAGACUCUGAUUUCCUCCCUUCUGUUUCCCUUGCUGCCUUUUUGGCCCUUGUGUUUGUCUUUGUUUCUAUGAUCCUGCUCCAUCAUGGUAACAGCCACUUAUCCUUGGGUGACUACAGGGCUGCGAGCCCCACCAAGAAUCAAUUGCCCAAAAGCCGGCUUGGACUCCUUCGCCUUCUCUUCCCAAACCAGCCAGAAACUACGUGGCAGAUUCUGCAGCAAUACAUACGUGGCCAGCUGGGAGGGACAAAUCCUGACAAACCUUGGGUCCUGGUCACCGCUGGGCUGGGUGAUGCAAGAAGCACACUUCUGUGCCUCACCAAAGCCACUCUUUCCCUCCUGACGGAGGAGAGUGCCGUGAAACUUCGAUAUCUCGAGCAAAGUAGUGUCUGGCUUCCCUGGAGGGGCAUCCUGGAAAAUGGGACCUGUGAUAUCUCUGCUGCAGAGAUUUAUGUGGGGCAAAGUCUUGUACCUUAUGGCAUAAUGGUGUCCACAUGGAGCUCUGUGGAUGGGAAACAGUUGGCCACCAAGAUCAACCUUGCUGUGCUGCUGAAUGGUAUGAAACGAGCACGGGAAGAGUUCCUCCUCCAAGUCCUCACUCCCAGACUGGUGUCUGAUAUUUUGAAUACUGUUCUCUUUGCUGAUAGGGCAGUAGAUAAAUUGGUCACUUGCAAUGGGAGUUUCCUUGUCCUCCUGGUAAGGUCUGAACAGUAUUUGGAACGUGGUUUUGUUUGCUGA